AUGGAACAAGACGACAGUUACAAUUGUACCGCCGCGCCGCCUUGGUUUAGCACAAUUUUUCGGCUUAGUCACAAACGACCAGCUCGGUUGCUAGGUCCAGACGAAAAGGGUAACGCUCGCGUUGUUGCCUCGGACGCGAAAGUCAGUCAGGGUGGAACUGAAACCGGCCCAGGACGUCGUCAUAUGCGUAUACAUUUUAUGCUAAAAAUUAUGGUCCUUGAAGCGAUCAACCCGACACUGGCAACAACCAACGUCACCUCUUCGCCACCCGGCCACCCCACCCCCACCGCCACCCUCUCCCCUUCGUUACACAUCGAAGCAAGUGGACGGAGCGAGUUGGUAGUCUCCGACCGACGCGUCAAUCUCAGCCGCAACCCUCGACCCGACACACCAACAACGAACGGGUCCAAAGUGGCCCGACGGGCUCGUCGUCAGAGUCGGCGUCGGCCUUGUUCCAUUCCUACAGCCGGCGAACAUUGCCUGACACGCGAUAAAUUGCUUCCGGCGAUACAUUCCCACCUGACGCGAGUGUGUCAUUGUGUAGACGAGGGUCACGACAACCCUAUUUUGCUGCCUGCAGUCCCAAUGGUACAGGCGCUUGGAGGUUGGCGCGUCGCUGGAAUCAUGUCGGGUGAAGACGAGACAAUUUCUCUUUCAAGAGAUGCUUCAUCUGGAAUGUCAGCACUCAUUCAGCUCUCUUCCAAUUUUUGUGCCAAUUUUGGUUUAUUUCCAACUCGCACAUGCGCAGCAUCGCUUCAUGAUUGUAGUUAG